AUGUCGAGAACAUCUGUUGCUCACUCGAUGUCAACAGUGGCCACGCUUUUUGCUGGCCCGGGAAGCGCCGCCAACAUCUCUGGCUCAGUCCAUCCAUGGAAUGCUUCCAAGCAGCAAGUACUCACGCGAGAUUCUCUUCAGGAAAAUGUAGGAUUUCGAUUUGUUUUGGACCGAACUGUACAAACGUUGUCGACCAAUGGAGUUCCUGACUCUCGUCAAAUCUCUGGCCUCCUGUUCGUGCCUACUUUGGCGGCAGAAGAUCCUUGCAAUGAUCUUGCCGCAAAAUUUGUCCCGAGGAAUGUCACUCGCCACGAGGACAUCUCAAACUUUCGGUAUCCGUCGAUUGGAAUUGCGCCAUGGAUUUCCGUGGCUUGCACCAACUCCUUUUUGGCCGCCUCGCGGGAGGCUGAGUCCGAUGCGCUGGUGUUCUUUCAGCCACAUAAGAACGAGUCCGGGAUCCCUCCUCCGGCUACUGAUCCUUGUUGGAAUCUUGACGACAGUGACCAGUGGAAGAAAGACAACCAUUAUCCCAUCUACGCAAUCCCUGGACCUGCAGCAGCAACUCUCAUGCGUGAACUUGCCUGGUUCUCCAACGGACAGACGAACCGAAGCGAUGACGAAAAUUAUCCAUCCUUCCAAAAGAGAGACAGUACUGUUCGGUUGUUCACGAUGAUUGCCAAUGAAACCCAGACAGACUCGAGCCUAAGUCUAUGGAGCUUCGCGGUCAUAAUUCUCGGAUCAAUUCUUGGGUUGAGCUUGAUAAUGUACAUCAUCUAUCUGACCCUCAAGCGAAAACGGCUUUUGCGAGAAGCAGCAUUUGCUGCUAAUGGGCAGCAUGAUAUCGAGGCGCUCCAAAUGCGCCCCACGAACCCAGUUCUGGUGCCCCACGAGGUUGUCGAGCAAUUGCCUCUUUACACCUAUGCAGGCCCAAGGACUUCCUCCACAGCUUCGCUCGUUAAGGACGAGAUUGAAACCAGUGUGGCAGAAAUAGACCCCAAGAGUCAGUCUCCUGAGCCACCAACCACCGAGGAGGCCCAGGAGGCUCAUGGGGAACUCCCCCAAGAUACACAGAGGGUGGUUGGCAUUCGAAGACCAACACCGGCCGUGAUCAAUCCUGGUAGUGGCGUGGUCGUGGCUUCUGCAAACCCGUAUCGACUGAGCCAUACCCAAACUACUUGUGCAAUCUGCUUUGAUCCGUUCAUCAUUGGAUCGACCAGGGUCCGUGAGCUCCCAUGCGGACACAUCUUCGACCCUGGUUGUAUCGACCCAUGGCUCUUGACGCGGAAUAGCGAGUGUCCAUUGUGCAAGAUGAGCGUUCUUUCAUCGGCCUCGGUCAACAGCCCGGCCACACGAGUUGCGACAACGACAACCGACGACCUCAUGGGUGCCCUCAAGUACGUCGAAGAGAUCCAGAAGAAGAAGCAGUCCGAUGUCAUUCGGUUCCUGCUCCGCGUUCGCUGCUGGGAGCUCCGCCAGCUGAACGCCAUCCACCGUGCUUCGCGCCCCUCUCGUCCCGACAAGGCCCGUCGUCUCGGUUACAAGGCCAAGCAGGGUUACGUCGUCUACCGCAUCCGUGUCCGCCGCGGUGGUCGCAAGCGCCCUGCCCCCAAGGGUGCCACCUACGGCAAGCCCACCAACCAGGGUAUCAACCAGCUCAAGUACCAGCGUGCUCUCCGUGCCACCGCUGAGGAGCGUGUUGGCCGCCGCUGCGCCAACUUGCGUGUCCUGAACUCCUACUGGAUCAACCAGGACUCCACCUACAAGUACUUCGAGGUCAUCUGUGUUGACCCCCAGCACAAGGCCAUCCGCCGUGACGCUCGCAUCAACUGGAUCUGCAACCCCGUCCACAAGCACCGCGAGGCCCGUGGUCUUACCGCCACUGGCAAGAAGUCCCGUGGUAUCAACAAGGGCCACCGCUACAACAACACCAAGGCUGGCCGCCGCCACACCUGGAAGCUCCACAACACCCAGAGCUACUGGCGUUACCGUUAAGUGCAUUAAUGCACAGGCCUGGUGUUUUAUGGUGGAAAAUAUUGGCUGCAUGUGGUUAUCUCUUCGAUCGAUUCUCUCCCGGAUCGUUUCAUUUACGCUGGGUUCGAGUUUAAUGCAGACCAGCAGGAUCUGUUUUUAGCCAAAAAGCCAUCUUUGUUUUAUGUUGAAUUCCCCCCUGAUUAACGAAGUAUGACUGGUUCAACUCCAUA